GACUUGUCAAAUGAUAUUACAUGUCAAGUCAAAAAUGAAAAUGUGUAACAGGCGUAUUAGUACAAGUUAACAAUUUUUAAUCCAUACAGUUCCUAGGGGAGGACAAUUCAAAAUGUUAAUUAAUAAAGUAUACGUGUGUUUAAUUUAUUUAAUAUCAUCAAUUUUGUUAACUUUAGCCGGUCGUGAUUUUUAUCAAAUACUCGGUGUGUCUCGUUCAGCUAGUACCAAUGAAAUAAAGAAAGCUUACAGAAAACUUGCGAAAGCCUUACAUCCAGACAAAAAUCAAGAUGAUCCAGAUGCAUCACAAAAGUUUCAAGAUCUCGGCGCGGCGUAUGAGGCUCUUUCAGACCCGGAAAAGCGAGAAUUGUACGAUAGGUGCGGUGAGGAAUGUCUUAAGAAAGAUGGUAUGAUGAAUAACAACGAUCCAUUCGCAAGCUUUUUCGGAGACUUUGGCUUUCAUUUCGGAGGUGAGCCUCAGCAGCACGAGACUCCUCGUGGUGCGGACAUUGUCAUGGAGUUGACUGUGUCGUUAGAGGAACUCUAUAAUGGGAAUUUCAUAGAAAUGACAAGAAAUAAACCAGUAAUUAAACCAGCAUCUGGUACUCGUAAAUGUAACUGUAGGCAGGAAAUGGUGACUAGAAACUUAGGACCCGGAAGAUUCCAAAUGAUGCAACAAACAGUGUGUGAUGAAUGCCCCAAUGUAAAGCUGGUUAAUGAAGAAAGACUGUUGGAAAUUGAGGUCGAAGUAGGAGCUCCUGACAAUUACAAAACUAGGUUAAGAGGAGAGGGUGAACCGCACAUGGAUGGAGACCCUGGUGAUUUGGUGAUUGUAUUCAAAACAGAGAGGCAUCAUCAGUUCAGCAGACGAGGAGAUGAUUUGUACACCAAUGUUACAAUCUCAUUGCAGGAUGCUCUGACUGGCUUCACAUUAGAGCUGGUACAUCUUGAUGGACACAAAGUGACAGUUUCACGAGACAAAGUGACGUGGGCGGGGGCUCGGGUACGCAAGAAGGGUGAGGGCAUGCCCAACUUUGAAAAUAACAACCUCCAUGGUAACUUGUAUGUCACAUUUGAUAUUGAGUUCCCUAAACAAGACUUCUCCGAAGAAGAUAAAGAAGCGCUGAGAAAAAUACUUAAGCAGUCAAAGAAUAACAAACUUUAUAAUGGACUUUAGUGAUAUUAUAAAUUAUUUAAGUAGUAAAUUGUAUGUGAUUGGUGAUGUUUCAUACGUGUGGUGUGAACUGAGUUACAUGUGUUGCUUGUGAGA